CCCCCCCCCCCCCCCCAAAAUCUAUCUUUUAUUUUCAAACUGUAAUUUCCCUCUCUCGGCCAUCAGGUCUCUCCAAGAACCCUACGCCCACUCGCACUACCUGCUUGGCUCCUUGUACUCUUGGAGCAGGCAAGCCAAUCACGGGAUGACAUCAGUCGCACCGCCGGCACCUGGCCGCGAGCUCUCGAACCCGCCUUCCGACGGCAUAUCCAACCUCCGCUUCUCCAACCAUAGCGAUCACCUGCUAGUGUCUUCAUGGGACAAGAGCGUCCGAUUGUACGAUGCGAGCGCCAAUGCUCUGCGAGGCGAGUUCUUGCACGGCGGUCCCGUCCUCGACUGUUGCUUCCACGAUGAUUCCUCAGGGUUCAGCGCCAGCGCCGAUCAUACUGUGAGGCGGCUUCUCUUUAGCUCUAACAAGGAGGAUAUUUUGGGAAGGCACGAUGCACCCGUACGCUGUGUUGAGUACUCUUAUGCAGCAGGGCAAUUAAUCACAGGUAGUUGGGAUAAAACCCUUAAGUGUUGGGAUCCUAGAGGUGCAAGUGGGCAGGAUCGCACUCUUGUUGGGACAUACCCACAACCUGAGCGUGUUUACUCACUUUCUCUUGUUGGAAAUCGAUUGGUUGUAGCAACUGCAGGAAGACACGUGAAUGUCUAUGACUUAAGAAACAUGUCACAACCUGAACAGCGAAGGGAAUCUUCAUUGAAAUAUCAAACUAGAUGUGUGCGCUGUUAUCCAAAUGGAACAGGAUAUGCUCUGAGUUCUGUUGAAGGAAGAGUUGCGAUGGAAUUUUUCGAUCUCUCAGAGGCUAGUCAAGCCAAAAAGUAUGCAUUUAAGUGUCAUAGAAAAUCGGAGGCUGGAAGGGACAUUGUCUACCCAGUAAAUGCCAUCGCAUUCCACCCUGUCUAUGGUACAUUUGCAACUGGGGGCUGUGAUGGCUACGUGAAUGUGUGGGAUGGGAACAACAAGAAGAGGCUGUAUCAGUACUCAAAAUAUCCAACAAGCAUUGCAGCACUUUCGUUUAGCAGAGAUGGCCGCCUUUUGGCAGUGGCAUCAAGUUAUACAUAUGAAGAGGGAGAUAAACCUCACGAACCAGAUGCUAUCUAUGUUCGCAGCGUAAAUGAAAUAGAGGUGAAGCCAAAGCCAAAAGUCUACCCCAAUCCUCCUGCAUAACUGAAAAUGUACAAUCUCCUCAUUGUUCCCAUAAUAACUGGGACAUCUUUUUUUAUUCUUUUAUGUUGGGAUGCGAUGCUUCAGCUCUUCCUAUAGCCAAGGUUGAUGAAUUUGUCUUUUAUCUUCGUAUCCUUGACGAUUUCUAAGAAACGAAAAGGAUUAGGCCGCCCUUAUUUAAUCCUACUUAUGUAACAUUGACAAUAGACAGCUAAUGGGUUCACGAGUUUGAUGUGUUAAAAUGCUAUGAAAUUCCACGUCAGUUAUGUUGGA